GCUCGUGCUAAGUGUGUGUCGUGUCUGCUUUCCUCCCCCCGAGGGUCGGUAGUACCAGCAAGGGACGUGGGACUUGCCCCGUGGAAGGAACUUCCCCGAAGCAUCUGUCUGUGAUGGCAGGAUCGACGCACCGGCUGACGCUGGGCAGUGGCAUGGUGCUGCUGCAGGUGCUACUACUGCUACUACUACUGCCCGGCCAUCACUCCCAGACGAGCAACUACUACUGCCAGCGGAGCAUGUGCCCGACGGGCGAUGCGCACGUCGGCUGCUACGCGGAGCUGCCGUUCGGCAAGUCCUGCCAGGGCCUGAAGCCGCAGCUCGUGCCGAUGACGCCCGAGCGGAAGGCGAUGAUCCUGCAGCAGCACAACCGGCAGCGGCAGCGGCUCGCCCUCGGCACGCUGCCCGGGUACGGGCCGGCCUACCACAUGCCGCAGCUGUACUGGGACGACGAGCUGCAGUACCUGGCGGAGGUGAACGCGCGGUCCUGCGUGUACGCGCACGACCACUGCCGCAACACGUACAGCUUCCCGCGGGCCGGCCAGAACAUUGCGAUCAUCCGCCAUUUCGGCCUCAACCUCACCAAGGAGUCGGUGUACACGUACAUCAUCGACCACUGGUACAACGAGUAUCCGCUCGCGACCACCUUCGUCGACCAGUACCCGGUGAACUACGUCGGGCCGGAGUUUGCCCACUUCACGCAGAUCGUCAACGACCGGGCGGUGCGGAUGGGCUGUGGCAUGGUCAGCUGGGAAACGUACAACGGGUACGUCUGGACGAACGACUAUCUCGUGUGCAACUACGGCUACUCGAACGUGAUCGGCGACCGGUCCUACACGAAGGGACCGGUUGCGGCCGGCUGCACGACCGGCCGGAGCGUCGUCUAUCCGGGCCUCUGCCUGUGAACCGAUCUCUCUCUGUCUCUCUCUCCCUCUCUCUCUAUCUCUCGCUCUGUCUCUCUGGUUGGCGGAAGCGCUGCAAGUGGAAGAGUUGUCGAAGGCAAUCAACGCAAGGGAAGGGUAGCAGGAAACCGUUCCGAUGCUAAUUUCUGCAAAAGCACACCCUACGAUCUCGUCGGACGCUCUUCUACUCUGUCGGUGGGGACAGAGCGCUGCUCAGCUUGGAACGGUCUUAUCAGGCGUGACCGGGCAGGUGUGACUGACACUCUCACCUUCAACAUCGCAUCGCAUCAACCAUUCAAUCCAUUCGUGACGUGUUGCAGCUGUUAUAUCUGCCGUUUUGUUGUUGUGCUCGUGUAUUGUAGCUGUUUGGAGUAUUCAUUAAGUAACAUUCGCCCAUGACGAUUGCGAGUUAUCAUAGCCUUGCGCGCGUGUAUGUAUGUUUGAGUGUAUGUGUGAAUAUGUGUGUAUGUGUCUGUGCGUGUGUGUUUCGAAGCUCAUUUCAUUCAUCUCAACUCUGCGCUUCUGUUGUAGCAAAUAAUAAAUAAGACCUGACUCACGGGAUAGCUAAAAGCAUUGUUGCUGGCAGAAAAGAAAAAUAAAUCUCCGCUUCCUAACCCCCCCCGUCCUUUUCGACAUUUACCGAGGCUUUUAAAGGCGGGAAAGGAAGAG